AUGACACCCAACUCUACCACUGACACUUAUCGCAUUCGAAAUUUGGCUACACAACACAUCCUCGACUGCCGCGAUAUCAGAUUUUACACUAGUGAGAAUGCUCAAUGGUCUUCAGAUGGCAAGCGUGCAACACGAUCAAAAACCCCAUCGUCUUACACCAUACCGACACUGUGGACAAACCCUGCUACGACCACUAACAAUCCACAAUCGACCACUGUCCCCUAUGUUGGUCCGGUACCACCACCAGCUACUGCCCCGCUCCCGGAUUCAGUUCCCUCCAAUGGUACCAGUCCCAACACUACAACCAAUACCGUGCCACCCACCCCCAAUAUGCACGGUCCCACUAACACUGAUACAAUAUCACAUACCUUACCACAUCCACCACUACCACCAACGCAGUCACCUACCGCAGUACCAUUACCUGUCCCCAGCAGCACUAAUCCUGUCCCUGCCGAUCCCCUGAACCAAUCCUUUGCCUCCAAUGACUCUCAGCACAACAACCAUGGCUCGUGCACUUCUCACUCGCACACUUCGUCGUCCGACUACCACUCAUUCUCCGACUCAUCCUCUCCACCUGGCCCACCUGCCUGGUGGGCCUCCUCCCCUGAUACGUAUCAGCAUUUUGUAUAA